AUGGGGCAUCACAAAUUGGGUGUCGUGCCUAGCGGCGUCGAACUGGGUGCUGCCAUUACACUAUCUGCGGUCGUGGUAAAAGAAGCUCGGUACAAAAGACUCUGCAAAUCAAAGAAGAUUUUGACAGUGAAUGGAAAAUUUCCUGGCCCAACUCUGCAUGUUCACAAAGGAGAUACUAUUCUUGUCGACGUUUAUAACAGAGGAAUAUAUAAUAUCACCAUUCACUGGCAUGGAGUGAAGCAGCCAAGGAAUCCGUGGUCAGAUGGUCCUGAAUACAUCACUCAGUGCCCAAUCAAACCUGGCCACAGGUUUACUGAAAAGGUCAUAUUUUCCGAAGAGGAAGGGACUCUAUGGUGGCAUGCACACAGCGACUGGUCACGGGCCACCGUGCACGGUGCUAUAGUCAUCCAUCCCAAGCAUGGCACUAGCUACCCUUUUCCAAAGCCCCUUGGAGAAGUGCAGCUCAUAUUUGGGGAGUGGUGGAAGGCAGAUGUAAUGCAGGUCUAUAGGCAAUUUAUGGCAUCAGGAGGUGCCCCAAAUAUAUCUGACGCUUACACUAUAAAUGGGCAGCCGGGUGUGCUAUACCCAUGCUCAAAGCGUGACACCUACAAGCUGAAGGUUGAAUAUGGCAAGACUUACCUGCUACGCCUAGUGAGCGCUGCAAUGAACGAGAUCCUCUUCUUUGCCAUCGCAAACCACAAUCUCACAGUUGUCGGAGCCGAUGCAAGCUACACGAAGCGAUCCACAAAUGACUAUGUCGCCAUAGCCCCUGGCCAAACCCUAGAUUGCCUCUUACAUACAAACCAAAACCCUAAUCACUAUUACAUGGCUGCAAGAGCAUUCACCGCUGGCCCUAUUGCAUUUGAUAACACAACCACCACAGCAAUUCUUCAGUACAAUGGGAACUACACUCCAUCUUCGUCCCCUUCAUUUCCUUCCCUUCCCUACUAUAAUGAUACCUCCUCAGCUUAUAAUUUCAUUUUUUCACUUAGAAGCUUGGUUAGUGAAAAUCAUCCAGUUUAUGUCCCUAUACACUUGAAAAAAAGAUUGGAAUCAACUAUUGCAAUAAAAACUUUUCCAUGCUACCCAAAUGGUACAUGUCAGGGACCAAAUGGGACUCGAUUGGCUGCGAGCAUGAACAACAUAAGCUUCGCUAUCCCCCAAAGAUUCGAUAUUUUGGAAGCUUAUUAUUACCAUAUCAAUGGGGUUUACAAGAAGAAUUUUCCUAGUUUCCCACCGUUUGUGUUCAAUUUUACUGAAGACUAUCCACCUUUGUACCUGAACACACCAAAAAGGGGGACUGAAGUGAAAGUACUGAAAUAUAACUCUACGGUUCAGAUGGUUUUGCAAGGCACAAAUUUGGUUGCAGGGUUGGAUCAUCCCAUGCACCUCCAUGGGUUCAGUUUCUAUGUUGUGGGGUGGGGGCUUGGCAAUUUUGACAAACAUAACGACACCAAGAAUUUUAAUCUUGUGGACCCUCCUUUUCGUAACACUGCUAUAGUUCCCAGGAAGGGCUGGAUUGCCGUCAGGUUCAAGGCAAGCAAUCCUGGAGUUUGGUUUAUGCACUGCCAUUUGGAUCGCCACCUUACAUGGGGCAUGGACAUGGCGUUUAUUGUGAAAAAUGGCAAGAGCCCACAAACAAGUCUACUACCACCACCACCAGACAUGCCACCUUGUUGA